UCCGCCACACACCUUCAAACACACCAGGCCUCCUCACUCAUGACUGGAAAUCUACCCUAGGGCCACGUCCACCACCAAGUUCACGCCAUACUUUAAGGAUGUCGCCCUGUUUGAAGUUCUCCGCGGUUCUCUGUCUCCUGCAAGUCCUCCGCAUCACAGCGGACAUAGACGGCGGCACCUUCCUGAUCUUCAACCUGGACCACAACAAAUGUGUGAAAGUGGAGAAGGCCACCUCGGUGACGCUGUCUCCGUGCAACCCGCGAGCCAAGGAGCAGCAGUUCCGCUGGGCCUCGGAGUCUCGCCUCCUCAGCCUUUCCCUCAAGCUGUGCCUGGGCGCCACGGAGAUCAAAGACUGGGUGAAGGUGGCCCUCUUCGAGUGCGACGAGAGCAGCCAGCUCCAGCACUGGCAGUGCAAGAACGAAACCCUUUUCGGCCUCAAAGACCGGGACCUGCACCUCAACUGGGGGAACCACGGGGAGAGGAGCGUAAUGAUCUACAAAGGCUCGGGGGUGUGGAGUCGCUGGAGGAUGUUCGGCACUCAGGGGGACCUUUGCUCAAAAGGCUUUCAAGAGACUUUCACUCUAGGGGGUAAUGCUUUCGGAGCCCCCUGUCAGUUCCCAUUUAAGUUCCAUGAGAAGUGGUAUGCUGACUGCACAAAGGAGGGUCGCUCGGACGGCCAGCUGUGGUGUGCCACGGACAGAGAUUACGACAAGGCCAAAAAGUGGGGAUUCUGUCCCAGCAAAGCCUCCUCCGGGUGGGACACCGACCCGGUCACGGGGGUUCAGUACCAGAGGAACUCGCAGGCCGUUCUGACCUGGCAUCAGGCCAGGAGGAGCUGCCAGCAGCAGGGGGCUGACCUCCUCAGCAUCGUGGAGCUCCACGAGCAGUCCUACAUUUCAGGGUUGACCAACCGCCUGGGGACGUCUCUCUGGAUUGGGCUGAACAGCCUGGAGUUCGACAGCGGGUGGCAGUGGAGCAACGGAAGCCCCUUCAGAUACUUGAACUGGGCUCCCGGUCACCCCUCCUCCGAGCCGGGGCUCAUCUGCGCGACUCUAAACGCGGGAAAGGCCUCGAAAUGGGAGAGCAGCCUCUGCACCAAGAAGCUGGGUUACAUUUGUCGAAGAGGAAACUCGACCGUUAAAGGGCCCAGCUUCUGCCCCAAUCACUGGGUUCCCUAUGCGGGGAACUGCUACCACCUGGAGAGGAGCAAAAGGAUGUGGAAGGAUGCUUUGGCUGCGUGCCACAAAGAGGGAGGAGAUUUGGCCAGCAUACACAAUCUAGAGGAGCAGAGCUUCAUCAUUUCCCAGUUUGGAUACAAGCCAACAGAUGUGCUCUGGAUUGGCCUGAACGACCAGAGGAACCAGAUGCUGUUCGAGUGGUCCGACCAUUCCCGCGAUGGGAAGUGGGCAGAUCACCAGUGUGAGAAAGAGUAUGGGUACAUCUGUAAGAAGAAGGCUUCCACUAAACCAUCCGAAGGCUCCCACCAGGAAGUCAAUCCGGGAUGCACGCUUGGAUCCAUAAGGUUUGGGUCAUAUUGUUUUCAAAUUGGCGCUGAGACCAAAACAUUUGAAGGGGCGAAGCAGGCCUGCGCAGAAGCUGGCGCCAACCUUUUGGACAUGGACAACAGAUAUGAGAAUGCUUUCCUGGUCAGUUUGGUGGGUUUAAGGCCAGAGAAGUAUUUCUGGACAGGUCUUUCCAACACAGAGGACAAAAGCACUUUUGUGUGGACAUCUAAAAGAAAGGUCGCCUUCACUCAUUUCAACGUGGGCAUGCCAGCCAUGACAACCGGGACUUUCGCCGGACUAUGGGAUGUCAUCAGCUGCGCCAGCAAGGAGAAGUAUAUCUGCAAGAAGCUGGCCGAGGGCGUGCAGUCCACGCUGCCCCCCCCCACCACCCCGGCCCCGAGCUGCGCGUCCGGCUGGCUGCCCGCGGGGAAAAGGAACAUUUGCUUCAAAGAAGCCCUGACCUUCUGCAGGGACAUUGGCGGGGACCUGAUGAGCAUCCACAGUGCGGAGGAACUGAGCGUGUUCAGCACUCGUUCGUUCGAAUCGGCCUGGAUAGGCCUCAGGCUGCAGGGUCCUAACGAAGGCUUCGCCUGGAGCGAUGGCUCACCCAUUGACUAUGAGAACUGGGGUUUUGGUGAACCCAACAACCACAACGAUGUUGAACACUGCGGAGAGAUGGAUUCUUACUACGGACGGCGUUGGAAUGACCGCCACUGUGAGUACUACAACAACUGGAUCUGCCAGAUUCGCAAAGGAGAGAUUCCCAAACCCGAGCCUGUUGUGGUUGAAGUCGUUUACAACACCACCGAGGACGGCUGGCUCGCGUACAACGACUCCCACUACUACAUCAACCAAAACGCCCUGGCCAUGGAGGACGCCAGGGCCUACUGCUCAAAGAACUUCGGAGAACUGGUGGUCAUCACAGGGGAGAGUGAGAGGAAGUUCCUCUGGAGAAUUGUGAGAAACACAAUUCAGAUAGCGCAGCGCCCUCAGGCUCAGUACUACAUUGGCAUGACGGUCAAUUUGGACAAAUCGUUCAGCUGGUUGGACAGGACGCCUGUGAGCUACACAGCGUGGGAACACAACGAGCCCAACUUCGCCAACAACGAUGAGAACUGUGUGACCAUGUACAGCGGAAUGGGCUACUGGAAUGAUAUCAACUGCGGUAUGGAGCUUCCAUCUAUUUGCAAAAGAAGCAGCAGCUUCGUCAACACAACUGUGGCGCCAACUGCCGCUGUUAAAGGGGGAUGUGCGCCCGGUUGGCUCGGCUUUCAUGGAAAGUGCUACAAGUUUAUCUCAGAGGAGGGCAAACUGGAUUGGAAAGAAGCGAGAACACGCUGUCACAACGAGGGAGGAAACCUGGCGUCCGUCACCAGCGAGAAAGAACAAUCGUUCCUCACAAUGCAGAUGUUGUACUACAGCGAGGAUUUUUGGAUCGGCAUGAACGACGUCAACUGGGAGAUGCACUUCGUGUGGACGGACGGCAGAGGCGUUUCGUACACCAACUGGGCCAAGGGGCAGCCGACGUCAGGGCGGGAGUCGUACCUUACAAAUGAGGAGUUUGACUGUGUGGUCAUGGAAGGCAGCACCACCGCACAAAAAGGACAGUGGAAGGUGGAGGACUGCAGUUCAAAGAGUGGCUUCAUCUGCAAAAAAAAUGUUGAUUCCCAGAUUGAAGUCUUGCCCACCACAGUGUCGCCGAAGACUUUUUACAAAUUCGGCAACGACUCCUACAAACUGGUAGCCCAGAAGAUGAGAUGGGAUGAGGCGAGGAGACAGUGCCAGGCAGAUGAUGCGGAUCUGGUCAGCCUCCUGAACCCCACAAUCCAGGCAUACAUCUCCAUGCUGGUCGCCAGGCAGAACGAGCCCGUAUGGAUCGGCCUCAACAGCAACGUGGUAAAGUCUCUGCCCGUUCCACCACGAUCCCACACUGGAGGUCGCUUCAAAUGGGUCGACAACUGGCCUCUCUCCUACACAAACUGGGGGGAAAACGAGCCUAAAGUCAACGAUGGCUGUGUGUACAUGGAUGUGGACAACACAUGGAAGACGGCACCGUGCACCGGGACCUUCUAUUCCAUUUGUAAAAAGUCACAAGAUAUUGCUCCCACUGACCCCCCGCAGCUUCCUGGCAAUUGCCCGGAGUCCAAAAGGCAAAGAACCUGGAUACCUUUCAGAGGCCAUUGUUAUUCCUUCCACAGUUCUCAGGUGGACAACUGGGCCCACGCCUCGGUCGAAUGUUUGAAAAUGGGCGCGUCCCUCGUGAGCAUCGAGGACCCCAGUGAGGGUCUGUUCAUGCAGCAGAACCUGGAGCUCUUACAGGACGGCGCCAAAAGCUUCUGGAUUGGUCUUUACAAGUCUCAUGAAGUUGUGACUCCUACAGAAAAGCCUCCCUCGUUUGUGCAUAGUGUUGAAGAACCUUCGCAUGGGUCAGCUGGCAUCACCGUGGCAACAGUGCUGAUUGUAAUUGCCAUAAUUGGGCUUGGUGCCUUCCUGCUCUUCCGUAAACGGAUACCCGCCCCCAUGCUGGGAGAGUGCGCCUUUGACAAUAAGCUGUACCUAAACAAUCCCAGCCGAGGCCCUGUGGAUACUAAGGUCCUUGUGGCCAACAUAGAGCAGAAUGAGCAUGCGAUCCUCUGUUUAUCCAGUGAACAGCACGACAGGAAAUCAAGCCUGGUUCCGGCGUCUGGGGGGGGCGGAGAGGAGACUGUGAGCUCCGGUUCGUUUGCGGGCCGGUUUGACCCACGGCUUGUCUACGCUCUGCAACUGGUCCCGGGACGUGGGGGGGGGGGGGUCCGACAGCCCCCGGAUGGUAAGAUGUGGCUCAGGGGGGCCGCUCCGUUUCUGCUGCUCCUGCACCUCUGUCUGCUGGGGGGAGCCCUGGAGGGGGAGAGGCCGAGCCAGGGCCACCUGACGGAGGCUCUGGGAGCCCUGAACCUGCCCCUGGGGGGGGGCAGGAAGCCCCUGCUCCAGAGGAACCGGACCGGAGUCCUGGUCUCCAGGCUGCUCCGGGCGUGUCUGACGCCAGACGUCGCCCUCUCUGUGUUGGAGGACAGCGAAAAGGUGGAUCUCACUGAGGAAGACUACCAGCGGAUCUCAACCCUUCUGCUCUACUACGUCAUUCAUUUGCAGGAUCUGUGCUCCUCGGACAGAGCUUCCCCGUCAUCCCUCAUCCCCUCCUCGUCUGGGGACUUUCGGUUUUACCUCCAGGCCAUCGCCGAUCUCCAUCCGGCCGAGAACGGCAGCUUCCUCUCCCCCGGCGAAACGGAGAGCAUCCUACGGCUCGUCAACCUCCACUACCGGCCGGAUAACAGCUCCUCCGAUCCGCAGUGCGUGGAUCCGUCCCGUCUCCUGGGGGACGUCGACGGCGGGGGGUAUCCGGGCGCCGGGAUGACCGCCGUGCCCAAAAUAGCCGCCGCCAUCAUCAGCCACAUCCUGCAAGGCCACUGCUUCAGACAGGGGGGCCUCCCAUCGCCCGGCUUCUUCACGGACUACAUCUUCCAGUCUCUAAAUCGCACGAGUAACCUGCAGAUCAGGGAUGAGCUGCUUCACCAGCUGGGAGUGGGACACAAAGGAGCUGCACACUUUCACAGCAUGAGGAGGCAGAGUUCAGCAAACAGGUGCAACCAAGAAACCACGGAAAUAGGCAGAUACUGGGCACAGGGAUGUCUGUCGGCCAAUCAGCUGGUGGAUAUUUUUGCUCUGGAUCCUCGUUUUCCCAUUUCCAUGGAGCACUUCAGACAAAUUUGCCCCGCCAUCGUUCAACAGUUGCUAGGCAAUGCUUGUGGGACGGCAGAAGAAAAGCCAAAAGGGUCUCUGCCAACCGCCACCGAGAAGUAUGGCUACAGCACGGCAGCCGUCCUGCUCAUCACGAUCGGCUCCAUGUUCGGCAUCUGCCUCAUCUUCUUCAACUCCUGCCAGGAGACCUUCACGCUGGUCCUGCAGCUGUUUGUGGGCCUGGCCGUGGGAACCCUCUCGGGAGAUGCUCUGCUACACCUCAUCCCACAGAUCCUUGGCCUCCAUGACAUCACGCACAGUCACAGUGACGAGCACUUUCCAGAAGAAAAGGGAUACCUGUGGAAGAUCUUGGGCCUGAUUGCUGGGAUUUAUGGAUUUUUCCUCAUUGAAAAGAUCUUCUCGUUCGUUGGUCACUCCGGCGAGCUCCCCUCAGAGCUGAACUGCAACAGCCAGUCCCAGCGGGGGAAGUCCAUCUCCACCAUCCAGCUGGUGAGGCCCGUCCCACCUCUCUCCGGACUGUCCGUGAAGACGGCCGUGAUGAUGAACCUCCUCAGUGCCCUGACCGCCUUCGUGGGCCUCUACAUCGGGCUCUUCGUCUCCACGGAGACGGAAGUUCAGCAGUGGAUCUUCUCCGUCACUGCCGGGAUAUUUCUGUACCUGUCACUGGUUGAAAUGCUUCCGGAGAUGAGCCGGGUGAAAAGCGACAGGCCCUGCCUCCUGUUCCUCCUGCAGAACCUGGGCCUCCUGAUGGGCUGGGCCUGCCUUUUGCUGCUCGCCUUGUUUGAACACAAGCUCAAAUUCUAACGGCUGAGCGGAGACAAACAAAACCACGGACUUCACAGCUAUUCUUCUUCUUCAAAUUUCCUCUCAGUCGUUAGCAAUCGCCUCCCACUUCUCGGAAAUAUCAGUUUUCUGUCAGCGCUUUCAUGAGGUUGUAGUCUCAGCUCUGGAUCACAGGAAGCUGCAUUUCUAGGCUUUGAACUUGUUUUUUUGAUACUCGAUUAUCUGUUUCUUUUACGAUGUUCUUCAGGACUCGAUUGGCUUGGCCUCAGAUUAGCUUCAUUGCCAGGCCCAGAUUUGCACAUCUGCUCACAUUUGAGCAGCGUAUUCCUGUUGCUUUGAGACAAUCAAAUGAUUCAGUUUGAAAUUAUUAUUCAUUCCCGGCAUAAUAAAGUGUUACGAAUCC